AUGGAGUGCAAAUUUUUACUACUUUGUAUUAUUCUGUCAGUCAAUCAUGAGUUGUACCUUGUAAAUUUACAUCCAACCACUAGUACAGAUGGUGGUAUUAUUCGUCAUCGAACUAAACGAUGGGCACAUUAUGAAGUACAUAAAUGUGGUCGGAUAAAAGGCUACAGUUGUCUAGAGCAUCGUCAUUGUUAUGAACGUUAUCUACGUCAUGAUAUGGUUUGCUUUGAAGUUUAUCCAUGCUUGAGUUCAUGUAUAUUCACUGCUCAGCUUCAAGAUCCUGAAAAGCUGAAUGAACAGAUCAGAAAAUUAUUAUUAGACGAUGUCUCAGUCAAUGAUCGUAAUGAUUCAAUAAAUUAUGUACGUGAACAAACAAAAAAAUUGGCGAAAGAAUUAAAUUUAACUUUACCAAUGUAA